AUGGUUUAUGGGGUGCAGCCUUCACAAGAAAUGGCAUCCGACCUGAACGAUAAGCCAUUGCCACUCGCCGCGCGAACGGAAAAUGCUCCAACCAUUCCAUUCAACUUGCUUCCAGACGACGUCGUAGGCGAUAUCUUCAUCGAAUACUUACGGGAACGCUCUGUUACUCCUCUGUCCGGUGCCCCGACCAAUCUUGCCGUGACUGUCCACGGCAGUGGCUCCACCAACACCCCCAUCCUGCUCACCUUCCCUGGUCAUGGAGGAAAAGAGGUUUCACCUUCCUUUGACGAAGCCUUCCAUCUCCUGACUGCCCAGUCUCACCGAUGGAAGGAGUUCUCGAUGUUUGAUAGGGAAGACGAUAACCGUCCACCGAGGAACCAUGUGUGGAAGGAGAUACGAGCGUCGAACCUCGAAAACUUGAUAAUCUUUUUCGGCAAAAGAUGGUCUUCAGACAGUGCCUUUCAAUUGAUGAAGACUUUCUCCUCUUCGGAAAAGUUGAAGUCCGUUAUCCUUGGCUGCCAUGACGACCUUGCCCUUCCGCAGCUUGCAUUUCCCUGGAAAAACAUCCAGUUCUUCGACGUCAAUUGUGGACAGACUCCUUGUCAAGAGAUCCUUUAUCUCUUGUCCAAGUGCACACGGGUCACUGAAUUCAACGUUGACGUACCCGCAUGUUGCCACACCAAUCCUCAUCCAUCGACACCCUCGAUUGUUGUCCCGGCAUUGAAAACCAUGCACUUCGUAUAUUUGCGAAGGUUCCCCCGGUUCUUGGACUCCCUUACCUUCCCGUCUCUAGAAGAUCUCGAUAUGAUGAAAAUCAUUGCCGGAGCCAUAUCGCCGACAGCUUACGCCGAUCUAUGGAGAACCCUCGCAGAGCUGGGGGAGCGCUCCGAGUGGCGGUUACGGAGACUGCGAUUCCCAGCCAUUCGCAAACUCGACGUCGACGUCCCCCAUGGUGUAGAGAUCCUUGCAACCAGUCAUUCCUUUGUCCAUCUCACCUCUUUGACACUUGCUUGCCCGUUGGUGGACGAUGCGCUGGAGCUACUCACGUUCAGAGAAGGCUACGAGCCUUUGCCUCGAGUCGCCACAAUGCUUUUGCUAGAUUGUCGCUCCACCGACGGUGUGCUGUCAGCCAUGAUCAAGUCUCGUACGGCAAUCCGUUCGACCGGGUUGACGCCGGCACUGCAGGAUAUCAACGCAUACUCACCUUUCUCAGCAAUGCAGAAAGAUUUCACCAAAUCGCUUGAGGUAUAA